AUGAGUUCUACAAACCCAAAUGAUGAAGGCAAUAGUUCAUCUCCCCCAACCCAAAUCGAAAACACAUUCCAGCUAAACCCAAAUGCACAAGAGUGGACUCGAGGAAAGCAAGAGGAUAGGUGUCUCUUCCUAACACUUUCAAAACACAACACAUCAACCACCACAAGAGAUAUACAUACCUACUUUAACAACACAUAUGGUGACUGCGUGCAAUCAAUUGUGAUGUUUGGAGGUGAAGAUUCACCACUUUGUGCUAAAGUGCUUUUCAAGUCUUCAAUGAUACCAAUGAUGAUUUUGAGCAAUUCAAAUGAAGUUUAUAUACUCAUUAAAGGCCAAACACUGUUGUGCAAGAAGUAUGCUACGAAGAAGAAAAAACUCCAUAAAAAAUCCAUCCAGAAAAUGGAAUAA